GCAGUCGGUGCAAGGGAGAGAUCGAGCGAGGGUAGAGGGAGACGGGACCAGUGUCAUGGAGGCAGGUCUGCCUGGUGGCUGUCCGUCGACCUGCUCCCUUGCUUUACCUGACAGCGUUCGCCAGUGUUUCGAAAGCCGCGUUCACCGAUGGGUCGACUCGCGAUCCACUCGUGAGCUCGUCAAGCUCGCCACGCUCGGAUCGUCGACCCCCUUUUUUUUUUUUUUCGAAAAGAUCAACGACGCCGGGACCCGUUCGUUCGUCGUCUAACUCCAAGUAGAGCCCGGUCGAAUCGACUUGGAAAACGGAAGCUGUGCGUGUCUGCCGCGGGAGAAGAACACGUUAGAGGGAAACGGAGUGGGUGAACACGGAGGAGCAUAUAGAGGGCAAUACAGAGAGGGAGAGGUAGUGGAGAAAGAGGGAGGAAAGUGACACGUUGCGAUACGAUCGAUCCAACGACCAAGUUAUACGUGCGUUUUAAACGAACACGCUCCGAAAACACGAUCGGCACAAUGUGCUCGUGACAAGAGCGUUUUUUGGAGACUCUCCUGUGACCGAUCGUGUUCCUCUUUUUCUUUUUUUUCUUUUUUUUUCCUACAAAUUAAGUCAGAAACAGCGGGUCUUUUCGUUGCUUGUUCGUCGGUUAGAGAAGUUUGAGAAUAUUAGAAAGAGUGGAGGAGAAGAAGGAGGAAGAGAGGAACGUAUAACAGAGACAGUGAAAGAUACAGGCCCGGAGGAGGAAACGGAUAAAACGUGGGCGUUGAGUGAUUGUUGUCGGUGCUAGUUUCCAUUGGGAGUCAUGAGAGAUACCAGCGAUAUGAUGGAGGACUCCUUGUCCGAGGAGACGAUGAUGGACUACGAGGGUGACGGAGGGGAGUUGGAAGAGCUCGUUGAUCUGGCAACCGACGUAGCGGAUUCAUCCCUGACAAUUCGAGAUGCCGCGGAGAGGUUGCUGACGUUACUGGGCGUGGACGAGGAUCUCGAGGACCUGGUGUCGUCCUCCGAGGACGAAGGUGUCGAACUGGACGAUCUCGACGAGGACGAGGAGGAAGACCAGCGCGAGAACGUCAGACUGUUGCAUCAGUUGGCCGCUUCUUUGGCUGAGGAAUUGAAGCAAUCUCAUCAGAAACAGACUUCGAACAGGCUCCUGGCCAGAGGUGAUCCCUUCGAUAGGGAUCGAAUGGAGCUGAUUGGGAUGAGUUACCUGGAACACAGUUGCCUUGAUGAGGUCGAAGACCCGAAAGGAAGCAGCUGUUAUCGAGACAGCGUGGCCGAUAAGUGUCAGAGACAAGAUUCGUCUCAUUCGUUUGGCAAACAACACGCGAUCUUCGAGCCUUAUCAAUAUUUGGAGGGCCGUUUGAGGAUGGACCAGGAAAGAGAUGAAGGCAACAGCGACGUCGAGCAGGUUCCAGCGUCCUGGAAUGCCGGCUGGGACGCCUGUGCUACGGAAGCCCUCAGAUAUCUCGUGGAGGACGAGGGACUGCCGCCUCAUCAUCCUACAGUCGUGGCGAUGAAGGAUCAUCUGGAACUCCAAAGGGAACGCGCCUUCGCUCGAUACACUACGGAAGCCCGUCUGGCUUUUACCGAUAGGAACGCUUCCAGUGAUGGAGGGCAAUCGCGAGCCGAACAGAAUGGAAAACGAGGGGGUAUUUCCUGUUCGGAAGCGAAGGUUGAAAGAUGAAUGUGGGGAUGGAUGAUCGGAGGUGGUCAGAUUCUUGUGGAAUUAAGGAAGUCUUUGGUAAUAGGUGUAGUUAUGGGUCCGGGGUGAAGGAAUUUAUAAGAGGAUUAAUAACUAUGUACAUUAUCGGUUGGGAAGUAUUAGGCCACUUACUGAGUGAAUUUGAAAAUUAAUUGGAAGAUUAUUAAACGUUGAGAUUGUUAACAAGUGAUUAGUAAAGCGAUUAGCCUUGAAGAUUGUUAUCUGGUUUGGAAGCUACGUAGACAUAUGAGAUAUUUUUCUAAUGUGCAAAAUUAUCUCAAGUUCGUUUUACAUAUAACUUUUUUCUUAAUAACGAGUUAAACAUGUCCUUAAAAUAUUACGAGUCUUUCUGUACUUUGUACGAAUAUUUCUUAUAAAUUCUCAAGUACAAAAUCAUGAUCAAUUAGUAAUUUCCUUGAUAAUUUGAAUCAGCUAUCGCAUUUUAUAUCGAACCAUAAAGUGUCCUAAUACAUUGAUCAACUCCAUAAAAUGAGAACUACGAAAAAGUAAUGAUGUUACAAUCGCUGUCAUUUAAGUCAUAUUAUUAUUAUAUCAUCAUAUAAUAAAUAACUAAUGGAAAUAAGUCGUUUAUUUUUCGAAACUCAAAUACUAAUCACGUAUCUGUGUGAUAAAAUUGAGAAAU